GUGGAGGGACGUGAAGGAGGCGGGGCUUGAUUCAGGUGGAGUGCCCACCCGAUAGUUCAACACAUGCGAGCAAACCGUUAACUUGUUUCUUUGGUGGACUGUCACCACAGGUAUCUAUCUGAUGAAGAGGCUAGGUCUACCUUGGCCGUGCCUAAUAUUGUCGAGAUGAUACGACAUAAGAAAAACAGUGGAAGAGGGAGCUAGUGGGGAGUUACAAAAGGCUGGAGGACAUUGUAUCACGACUCUGCAGACAGUUGUUUCCCCUUUGAAAGGGCAGCACAGCCGCGAUGCCCAAAGAGCAAGGGGAGCGGGAGAGGGAUCGGGAGCGCGAGCGUGAGCGGGCGCCGCGCAUGGUCAGCAAGAAUGCCAAAGACAAGAGCAACAGCGCCACGCUGCUGGCGGCCCGCGCCAAGGCCCAGGCGGAGCUGGAGGCUAACGGGCGCGCCUCACGAUGCAGCUCUGAGAAGGACUCCGGGUACUCAGACAACGGCUCGGACUCUCUCCAGACGGACACGGAUGACCAGCGGAGCCACAGUAGCCACAGCAGCAGUGGCAGCAGCAGCAGCGGCAGCAGCAGCGGUAUGGUGAUGAUGAGGCAGCCCAAGGCCAGCAGCGGCAGGGACAACAGUCACCCGCCGGGCCCCCACCACCAGGGCCCCCACCACCAAGGCCCUCCUCAACAGAGCAGCCACCAGGGCGGUGCCAUGCUGAUGCAGGGGGGCCCUGAGCUCACCCCCAUCUUCAUCAUCAAGAAUGUGGUCCUCAAACAGCCAGUACAGGCCGCUCAGGAGCAGCAGCAGCAGCAGCUCCUCCAGGCGGCUCCGGCUCUGUCGUGGGCCACCGCCGGCCCAGGCCCCAACGGCCAGGCCCCGACCCACGUGCUCCUGCUGCAGCAGCCCGAGGUCACCUCCCAGCAGGCCCCCGCCCCCACCAUGCACAUCAUCAAGCCCCAGAGCCGCAGGGCCGACAGCGGCGGCGGCGGCGGCAGCGGCGGCAACAGCAAAAGCAGCGGCGGGAAGAAGAGCAAAUCCACCUACCUGCCUAUUCUCAACUCCUACCCUCGCAUCGCCCCCCACCCCAGCAAGAAGGCGGAUAAGAGCAGUGCAGGGGCAGGUGGUGGAAGUGGAGGUGGAGGUGUUAUGAAUGGUAGCGGUGGUGGAGUAGCCAUGGAGGAGCACUGCCAGAGCAAGAGGGUGUGCACGGAGGAGAAGCGCGAGGAGGUGAGCACCACCACCUCCCAGCUACCCUCCUCCAAGCAGCACGUGCACAAGCAGUCGGAGGCCAGAGCCCAUAAUAACUCCCACAGCUCUCACUCAUCAUCAUCCCACUCACACUCCCACUCCUCCUCCUCCUCCUCCUCCCACUUCUCCUCCUCCACCUCCUCCUCCUCUUCAUCCCGAGCUGUCCAGGGACGCCAUCACCACCACCACCACCACCAACACCACCACCACCACCACCACCAGGAGAUCCCACCUCACGUGAGGCGCAGCCCGCACCCCCCUUCCAGCCCCUCCACCUCCGCCAGCCUGGGCUCCCCCUCCGUGUCCAGCACAGACACCUCCUCCCCACCGUCGUCGGCCUCAUCUGGCGACAUGCCCCCUGCACCGCAGCCCCGCUCCUCCAGGGGGCACCACCACCACCACCAGCACAGGCACAGCUCGGCGCGCCACCGCCGCUUCCUGAACACGGUGGAGAUCCUGAGCCAGUCGGGCCUGCUGGACAUCACGCUGCGCACGCAGGAGCUGCUGCGCCAGAGCAACGCCACCGAGCGCGACAUCGCCCAGCUGCGGCGCCACACCCAGCUGCUGUGCCAGGCGGCGCGCGCCGGCCCCGACGAGCAGCCCUCCGCCUGGGAGCGCGUGCACCAGGCCAUGCUGGAGUCCGGCCACUACCCCAGCCUCGGGGAGAGCUGCCGCCCCGUCGAGCUGCUGCAGCAAAACGGCGGCGACCACCACCACCAUCACCACAGCGGCGACCACAACAACAACAACCACACUCACACCAACAACAACCAUAUUGGCUCUCCGUUGCAGAUCCAGGCCGAGGCUGACACCAGCAGCGACGACGGGGUCAAUGGUGUUGUGGGCAAUGGCGAUGGUGUUGUCGUCAAUGGUGAUGGUGGUCAGAGGGAGGACGUUGCCAUCUCCUUGCAUUACAAUCACAACCCAGACUUGGCUCCUCCGUCUCCGCUGUUGGCUAACAUGGACGACAUGCCUCUUGACUUGUCCGCUCUGGACCAGAAUGGCCACCUGGACGUGUUGGCUCUGGGGCAGCCGAGCAGGGGGGGGCACGGCAGCGAUGUCAAGCCCCUGGAGGAUCUCCUCAUGCCCCCGGACAGCUCCACGCACACCUCCCUGCUUUAGGAAAAGGCAGACAGUCUUUUUUUUGUGGACCAAGUGUGUCACCAUCAUCAAUACUGAUUUGCAUGGUGUGAAAGAUGGCGAAAGGGGACCUUUUUUUCUUCUAUUUCUUUUUCUCCUUUCGAAAAUAAAGUUCUGUAUAUUGUUUCUGAUUUUGGUGAGAGACUGGCUAUGUUUGUGUAUUUUCUUUUUAAAAAACGUUGCUGUUUCUAUAGCAACUCAGGGUCUCUCAGGCUCAAGACUAACUGUUCAGUUCCUGUGCCAUCGUUCAUUUCCUACUAUCGAAGGAGAAUCACUUUACAGUACAUGGCAACGGAUUAUAAUGCAGAGGGGACACUUGGGAGUCUUGAAUGACCCUUUCGAAUUAACAGUUGGCGAUGAAAUACACAUUUUUAAAAACAAAUAAAGAAUGUGCAAUAUGCAUGCCAGUUGCUGGACUUGUGAAGAGCAAGCCCAAAGUAAGCCAGCUGUGUUUCCCACAAGGCAAGACGCUGCUGCAGCUGCCGCCAACCCAUGAGGGUUAUAUUAAUGGUCUGAGACAUCCUAAAGGAACAUCCUACUGAGGAAAAUAAAAGAGAAAUACCACCAGUCUUUAAGAAAAAACAUUUAGGAUUUUUGUUGUUGUUGAUGAUCUAUCUCAACUGUGAGGCCUUGCGACUGCGACCAGAGGCUGGCAGCUAGUGACGUUGCAUUCUGAGGUGGUUGGGGUUGAUGAAGAACACUAAAGCUGCUUUCAAACUUUGCCUGAGAAUUCUAGGUGUUACAGAUUGUUUGAAAGGUUCAUGUGUAAAAGUUAACUUUCAGAAAUAAAAUGCUUUCCUUGCCCCAGUCAGAACUGCAACAAGCUCAUAACAUGAAGUAGGCUGUAGUCAAGAAAAUCUGUGGAAUCUGUGUGUUGUAAGAAUGUUUCUCUUCUGAAAACUGUAGGCUAUCUGUGCGCCUUGGGUGUAAGAAUUCAACUCUCACAAAGUCCGGACCUAUUUCUUGUGUUCUUUGGGGUUGAAUAUGAAUGAAUGCAGCUUUAAAGUAUGCCUUUUAGAGGGCUGUGUACUUUUUUAGUUUUUGUUGCUGUGUGUGUGUUUGUAUUCCAUAGGAUUUCUUUGAAAUACAUCAAGUGAAAAGGAUAUUACCAAUUGAAUAGACGUUUUUUUAUGACAAUCCUUGGUUUUCAAUGAAACACUAAUGCUCAUUUGUUUACUGCAAAACUAACCAUGCAGAUACUCUCCUGACUGUCAUUUCCAUCAAGGCAUUUUGAAUUUGAAUGUGCGCUGUAAAGGCUUUUUCCUUCACAAAACGUCUGGUUUGAGUAAAAUUGUUUCAGCCUUA